AUGUCUGACCUCUCGGUCCCGCUGCCGCCCCCGUCGGCUCCUCGGGACACCGCGCGAGUGCCUCCGCCAUCUUCGCAUCGCCUCCCUACCGUCUCAGCCUCAGAAGCACUUCUCGCUCUACAAUCCCGCGGGCCCCGGUCCAUAUCCACUGGCCUCAGCCAACUCAAUGCGCUUCUCGGUACCUCCAAUCCUGGACUCGGGCGUGGUAACAUCACCGAGAUCUGGGGCCCGUCUGGCUCGGGCAAGACCUCUCUUGCCUCGGUCAUCUGGGUGNNGGUGGGUCUUCCUUUGUUCUGCCCUGUAUGUCUUGUCGACGCGCCGGCUGACGCGAGACCAGAUGCGACGACAGCCUUUGCAAGGUCCCGGCUGAAUGACUUCCUCGCCACGAACCCCUCCGCCCAUGGCUCCGAGCCCGACCACGACACCAGGCUAGACCGCUUUCACGCUUACUCGACCCCUACCGUUGCCCAUCUGUUAGCUCUCACUCUACAUCCUCCGCAAUACUUCCCUCCGCCAGGCACCGCCUUGAUGGUUAUAGACGACCUACAUGCCAUCUUCGAAGUCUCAUAUCCUCGCAACCGCGCAAACACUUUCUCGAGUCACAAGUCCGAAGCUGCUAGAUGGGCCGCCGGUCGUCGCUAUGGAAUCAUGGGCACUCUCAUUUCUGCUCUGAAGAAACUGGCUGCGCUCAACGACAUGGCCAUCAUAGUCACCACUGGAUGCGCCACACGUGUACGCCCCGCCAGCGGUUUGGGCGCUGUCUUGGUGCCCGGCAUGGGAGGAGCCGAAUGGGAAGCCGGCAUUUCCAACAGACUGGUCAUGUUCAGGGACUUUAAGCUAGGAAGCUGGGCUCAACAGCAGCAGAAUCCUGAGAGCGCGAGAUAUGUCGGACUACAAAAGAACAGCGGCAUGGCCUUCUCUGACGAAGGAGAAACUGGCCAAGUCGUUCCCUUCAUCAUCGAUAAGGACGGCCUCAAGGAUGUUGCCACCAAAGACUCGACAGCAGACGUUCCUGUCGUUAAACUUGCCGCGUCCCCUUCGAGGGUCCGCAAGCGCCCGUAUUCUGAAAUUGCCGAUGGCACCGCAGAAGGUCGCGACGAGUACGGAUGGCUGAAUGGAGACGAAGCAGACGCAGAGGGCCUCAUUGAUGAAGCCGCGCUGCUCGAAGACGACGAAACUGCAGCACUCGCUGUCCCCGACGAAGGCAAACCUGCUACCAUCGUCAUCGAUGACUGA